GAUCGGUUGACGGCGCGCGCUUUGAGCAUUAGAGCACGAGUAUCCUGCGGUUUCGGGUGUCGAUCGGAUUCAAACGGCUGUGGGUGACCAAACGUGCGGGUGCCCUUUUUGGGGCAAACAGUGGCGGGCCGGGAAACUUAUGGCGAACGGCGUCCGAUCUUAGUGAUGCGGCAGAGAUUUUUAGUGUAGUGACUGCAACGGAGGGAUUGACACGAACUUGGUUCUAGUUCUGCAGCGAUAGUGAAUAGUGGUGAAAGCCGACCUUAGAACUUGGUUUGGAGAAAAGUGAAACGAUUGUGACAGAUUUUACUUAACUUGGGGAAGUUAUGCGUAGCGUAUUGCCAAACUUGAAGCACUUGCAUUAUAUUUCUCAGCGAGUUUGGACGUUUUAGUAUUGGUGAAAUUAAGUCCGAAAGUAGCCAGCUGGAAUGUUGUACACUUUCUGAUUUCGACGCUGCGAGUGUACUCGGUGUCGAACUUUUCGAUCACUCCGACCGGCCUGUAACGUAUCGCCGUCGAACACAAUGAAGCUGCUCGAACGAUUCUCGAUAACUCGACUCAGUAACAGCAUCCUGGGCAGACCGAAUGGUAACAAAACUAACAGCAACGAUGCCGGCAAGAAUGGUAAGAGUCGAGAGCCGUCGGCUACUUUCACCAUUCACGAGAACGGCGCCAUACCGGGAAAUGAGUCAACAGCGGUGGACUUCACCUCGGUCGCUUCAUCCGAAGAUAGUGAACGGCGCUGCAGUGUGUUUCAUCUGACGAGGGAACCACUACCACGGUUGGAGUACUACCGAACGUCAAACCGAGGGCUGAAACGACCAUCUCUCGGAGAGCUUCAUGGGGAUAAGGACCGAAAUCCAGAAGCCAACCACGAAGACGAUAAGCCGGAAUCCCACGGCCACGGUAUCAAGCUAGGAUGGAUAGAAGGCGUACUGAUUCCGUGCUUGCUCAACAUAUGGGGUGUGAUGCUGUUCUUGCGACUCAGCUGGGUGGUGUCGCAAGCCGGAAUAAUCCAAACUCUAAUAAUUAUCGGAAUCUCAUACUUGGUGUGCGUAAUCACAGCUCUCUCACUGUCUGCCAUCUGUACCAACGGUCAGGUGAAAGGCGGUGGAAUAUACUAUUUGAUAUCGAGAUCGCUAGGCCCGGAGUUCGGAGCAUCCGUCGGAAUAGUGUUUGCCUUCGCAAACUCGGUACAAGCUUCGUUGAACACGAUCGGUUUCUGCAGUUCACUGAACGACCUUUUGAAAUCGUUCGAUACGAAGAUCAUUGACGGUGGAGUUAACGAUGUACGAAUCGUUGGUACCGUGGCAAUCAUAGUGAUGGUGAUCAUUUGCGCUGUCGGCAUGGAGUGGGAAGCGAAGGCUCAAAACUUCCUGAUCGUGACCAUUGUGAUCGCGAUUUUCAACUUUUUGAUCGGAGUAAUUGUUGGACCAACGGAUGACCAACAAGUUGCACGCGGUUUCAUGGGAUUCUCAUCCGAGGUGUUUCAAGAAAACCUUCAGUCCGACUACCGGUUCAGCGAGAAUUCGGCACAGAAUUUCUUCAGUGUAUUCGCUAUAUUCUUCCCCAGUGUUACUGGAGUACAAGCUGGGGCAAACAUUUGCGGUGAUUUAAAGGAUCCUGCAUCAGCUAUCCCGAAGGGGACAUUGUUGGCGUUGUUGAUUUCCGCCGCUUCGUAUAUUACGUUUGUAUUUUUCGCUGGAGGUGCUGCUCUUCGUGAUGCUUCCGGAAAUAUUACAGAUCUAGUGAAUGGAACUUUUGUGUCCUGUACAUCUGGAAAUGUGCGUAAAGUCUUUGAUAAAGUCUUGAAUCUAUAUUUCAAAAUAUGUUUUUUUUUUCAGUGUGAAUACGGCUUACAUAACGACUACACAGUCAUGCAACUGAUGUCUCUGUCCAGUGCUGUUAUCUACGCUGGAUGUUUCGCAGCCACAUUGAGUACAGCGUUAACCAAUCUACUAUCUGUACCGAAGAUCAUCCAAGCCUUAGGAAUUGAUCGUAUUUACCCCGGAUUGACUUUCUUUUCCAAAGGCUACGGUAAACACGGCGAACCUUACCGUGGAUACGUUCUUGUUUUAGUAGUAUCCGUACUAUUCGUCUUAAUCGCAGAUAUCAAUGCCAUCGCUCCAUUAAUCUCGAAUUUUUACCUGGCAUCGUACGCGCUAAUUAACUUCUGUACAUUCCAUGCGGCUACAAUGAAAGCUCUGGGAUGGCGUCCUACCUUCAGGUUCUACCAUCCAUGGCUGAGUCUAAUCGGAUCUAUACUCUGCAUAGUUAUCAUGUUCCAGCUGGAUUAUAUGUUCACCAUCGUCACUGUGGUCGUAAUUUUUAUUCUUUAUCUAGUAGUUGUCUACCGAAAACCUGACGUAAACUGGGGCUCUAGUACACAGCAGCAAACGUACAAAAAUGCCCUCUCGGCUACACUGAAACUUCAAAAUAUCGGAGAUCACGUAAAGAACUACCAUCCUUCGGUUCUAGUUCUCGCAGGAAACCCUAUGAAUCGGCCGCCACUUAUCGACAUGGCUAACCUGAUCACGAAGAACCACUCCCUGAUGAUCGUAGGAGAUAUCAUUCACAAUCGACUAUCCCAUCGGAAGCGUAUGGAGUUGAACUCGGAAUGCAGAAAAUUUCUGGAGAUUCGCAAGAUUCGUGGAUUCUACCAACCAAUCGACAGUGUAUCAUUUGAAGAAGGGGUACAUGCGUUGAUACAAACGUCGGGAGUUGGGAAGCUAUCUCCCAAUAUUGUCCUCGUGGGCUACAAGGCCGACUGGAUGACGUGCCCCGUGAAAGAUCUUCUUACCUACUAUAAUGUGCUACACGAUUCCUUCGACUGUCGAAUGGCGUUGGCGAUUCUGCGUCUACCAAACGGUUUGGACUUUUCAGAUUUAAACGCGGAGAUCGUAACUAGGCCGGUUGCGACGCCAGACAACCUCAAAGAAUCCAAUAACGCUAUCUCAACGAUCUCCUCCGACGGACUCCGGCCGCCGCAAAAGCUGAUGCACAUUGACUCCAAUCUGAAUUUGGAAUCCUAUGGAGGAAGUACAAAUCAGCUGUCAUCUGUAACACCGCAGACAACUCCUACACCAACCGGAGAAACCUCCGAUAUUGUCUACUCAACACGAGGCGGGUCGUGCGUACCGAAGGAAAUUCUAGACCGUAUCAGUGUCUUCCAUCGGAAGCAACCCAAAGGCACGAUCGACGUGUGGUGGCUCUACGAUGACGGGGGUCUGACGAUGCUCAUUCCGUACAUCAUCUCGAUGCGAUCCAAGUGGGCCCGCUGCAAGAUUCGAGUGUUUGCCCUUACCAAUCGGCAACUUGAACUAGAAGUCGAAAAAGAAAACAUGGCCAACCUCCUCACGAAACUCCGGAUCGAGUACGCUUCGUUGACGAUGCUGCAAGGGGUAACGGACGCUCCUCGACAGGAAACAAUCGAAAUGCACAGCAGAUUGUUACAUCACUUUAGCGAGAACGAUGGCACCCAGAUUCCUAUUAGCGAGCACGAACGCAUGGCCCUGCAAGACAAAACCCGCCGACAGUUGCGGUUGCGUGAGAUGCUGCUGGAGCACUCGAGCGAGGCCAACCUGAUUGUGAUGUCGAUGCCAAUGCCCAGAUUGGGCACGGUGUCAGCUCCACUGUAUAUGUCCUGGCUGGAGAUGCUAACGAAAGGAAUGCCCCCGUUUUUGCUAGUGCGAGGGAAUCAAACCUCGGUGCUUACGUUCUACUCGUAAAGAUUGCGAGCCAGAAAAAUACCUGUCCAGUAUUAUGCCAGCGUAGAAUAUGAUAAGAUAAGAAGACUAGUGAUAUGCGAAAGUUUUCAAUAGGUUAAAUCUACAUGAACGUAAAACUGUAUUUUUUUUAAAGAAA